GCUAAAUCUCCGAGCCCGCUGCCCUCCUCCUCCUCCCUCGCCGCGAUGGCUUCCUGAGGGCGAUGCUCCCGGCCGCCACCGCCUCCCCGCUCUGUGGCCGGGUGCUCGGUGGGCGCGGGCGAGCGGGCGGCUCCCGCGCGGUUCGGGGGCCGGGCCGGGGCGCGGGCCCUCCCGGGGCGGGGGCAGCCGCCGCCUCCCGCCGGUGCCGGGCGGGGGAGCCGGGCGGCGCGCAGGCGGGAACGGCGGAGCCGGUGCGGGGGCCGCCGUGAGCCCGCAGCGCCGCGCCUGACGGCCGCCUGCGGACCAUCCCUCCCUCCCUGGAAAUGCCCCUCCUGGCCGCGCCGGCAGCCGGGGGCGGCAUGUAGCGCGGGGGGAGCGGGCUCCGCGGGGGCGGGAGAAGCCCCUUCCCUCCGCCCGCGCUCGCAGCCGCGUACACACCCCGUGCUCCGCAGCGAGGCGCACGGCCGGCCCUCCUCCUCCCCCGCCCGCUGGGUGCAUGCCCGCCUCGCCCGGCGCAGGGACGGCGCGCCGCUGAAGCAGCCCCGCCGCCGGGCACCCCCGGGCGCCGGGCAGCGCCGCCGCCAUGGCCGAGGAGAGCUCCGACGUGCCCAAAGAGUUGAUCGAAAGUGUCAGGGAUGUUAUUGGGAGGAAAAUCAAAAUUUCUGUCAAGAAGAAAGUAAAGCUGGAAACCAAGGGAGAUAAAGUGGAUAACAAAAUAUUGGUGUUGGCAUCAUGUCGGGCAUUUCUUUUAACGUCUCGGAUUCCCACCAAGUUAGAGCUAACUUUCAGCUACUUGGAAAUCCAAGGAGUAACUUCCAAUAAACCAGGCCAGUUGAUUAUGGAAACAGAGAAAUGCAGCAUCUCCAUGAAGAUGGCAUCCUCAGAGGAUGUGAACGAGGUGCUGGCACACAUCGGGACCUGCCUCAGGAAGAUAUUCCCUGGACUCUCACCAGUGAGGAUUAUGAAAAAAGUAACUAUGGAGCCUUCAGAAAGACUGGCUAAUCUCCAGGCCCUGUGGGACAGUCAGACUGUGGCAGAACUUGGACCUUGUGGAGGCUUUUCACAGAUGUAUGCCUGUGUUUGUGACUGGCUUGGAUUUCCCUACAGAGAGGAAGUACAGUGGGACGUUGAUACGAUUUAUCUGACACAAGAUACCAGAGAGUUGAAUUUGCAAGACUUCAGCCACCUUGACCACAGAGACUUAAUACCUAUAGUUGCUGCUCUGGAGUAUAAUCAGUGGUUUACAAAGCUGUCCUCCAAGGAUCUGAAAUUAUCCACUGAUCUCUGUGAGCAGAUACUGCGAGUGGUGAGUAGGUCCAGUCGCUUGGAAGAGCUGGUGUUAGAGAAUGCCGGGCUUAGAACGGAUUUUGCACAGAAACUAGCCAGUGCCCUGGCGCAUAAUCCCAACUCAGGACUCCAUACAAUCAACCUUGCUAGCAAUCCACUCGAAGAUAGAGGUGUGUCAUCUUUGAGCAUCCAGUUUGCCAAACUUCCAAAGGGACUGAAGCAUUUAAAUCUAUCUAAAACCUCCUUGUCACCUAAAGGGGUGAACAGCCUUUCCCAGUCACUGAGUGCCAACUCGCUGAUCGCCAACACGCUCGUCUAUCUCGACCUCUCAGGGAACGCGCUCCGCGGAGAUGAUCUCUCAAGCCUGUACAAUUUUUUGGCCCAGCCGAAUGCCCUUGUUCACCUGGAUUUGUCCAACACAGAGUGUGCACUAGAUAUGGUGUGUGGAGCCCUCCUUCGUGGAUGUCUUCAGCAUCUAGCUGUCCUUAGCCUCUCAAGGACUCUGUUUUCUCACAGAAAAGGAAAAGAAGUCCCUCCCUCCUUCAAACAGUUUUUCAGCAGCUCACUUGCUUUGAUGCAGAUUAACCUUUCAGGAACUAAACUCCCUCCUGAGCCUCUAAAAGCGCUUUUAUUAGGCCUGGCUUGCAAUCACAAUCUGAAGGAGGUGUCUUUAGACCUCAGUAGCUGUGAGUUAAGAUCUGGAGGUGCACAAGUCUUGGAAGGAUGCAUAGCAGAAAUACACAAUAUCACCAGCCUAGAUAUUUCAGACAAUGGCCUAGAAUCUGACCUCUCAACCCUUGUAGUCUGGCUUAGUAAAAACCGAUCGAUAAGACACUUGGCAUUAGGCAAAAACUUUAACAACAUGAAAUCCAAAAAUCUCACUCCAGUACUUGAUAAUUUAGUUCAGAUGAUUCAAGACGAGGAUUCACCUCUGCAGUCACUGUCCCUCGCAGAUUCCAAGCUGAAGACUGAGGUCACCAUCAUUAUUAAUGCCUUGGGCAGCAAUACUUCUCUCACAAAAGUGGAUAUUAGUGGAAAUGCCAUGGGAGAUAUGGGAGCAAAGAUGCUGGCAAAAGCCCUACAGAUAAACACCAAACUCAGAACUGUAAUAUGGGACAAGAAUAACAUCACUGCACAGGGCUUCCAGGACAUAGCUGUGGCACUGGAAAAGAAUUACACAUUGAGAUUCAUGCCUAUACCGAUGAAUGAUGCCUCCCAAGCACUCAAAACAAACCCUGAGAAAACAGAAGAGGCACUGCAAAAGAUAGAAAACUACUUGCUUCGUAACCAUGAGACCAGGAAGUACCUACAGGAGCAAGCAUAUCGGCUGCAGCAAGGCAUUGUCACUAGCACCACUCAGCAGAUGAUUGACAGAAUAUGUGUAAAAGUGCAAGAUCAUCUCAACUCUUUAAGAAACUGUGGUGUGGAUGCUGUACAGGAGGAUGUCAAAUGUGCGGAACGGCUGAUGCGGGAUGCUAAGAACUCCAAAACACUCUUACCAAAUCUGUAUCACCUCGGUGGAGCUUCGUGGGCAGGAGCAAAUGGUUCACUCUCCAAUCCAAUCCAAGAGACACUUGAAUCCAUGGCUGGAGAAGUCACAAGGGUAGUGGACGAGCAACUUAAGACACUCCUUGAGUCUAUGGUGGAUGCAGCAGAAAACCUUUGCCCAAACGUAAUGAAGAAGGCUCGCAUCCGCGAAGACCUCAUUGAGGCCAGCACCGAGAAGAUUUCCAUCCCACGCACUUUUGUAAAAAAUGUCCUCUUGGAGCAAUCUGGAAUUGAUAUCCUCAAUAAAAUUAGUGAAGUAAAGCUGACAGUGGCUUCUUUCCUGUCUGACCGAGUUGUAGAUGAAAUCCUGGAUGCACUUUCCCAUUGCCACCACAAACUGGCUGACCAUUUGACCAGACGUGGCAAACCACUGCCACAGCAAGAAUCGUUGGAGAUUGAGUUAGCUGAAGAAAAGCCCACUAAACGUUCUAUGAUCACGGUUGAGGAGUUGACAGAGAUAGAACGUUUGGAGGAUCUGGACACUUGUAUGACUCUCUGCUGUACAAGUAUGACUCCUAAAUCAAAAAGGAAAAGCAUCCACAGUAGAAUGCUCCGGCCAGUGUCCAGAGCUUUUGAAAUGGAAUUUGAUCUAGAUAAAGCACUGGAAGAAGUACCUAUCCAUAUAGAAGACCCACCAUUUCCUUCCAGCAGGCCAGACAAACGAACUUCUGGAUUCAUUUCAGAGCUGCCAUCAGAAGAAGGAAGAAAACUAGAACACUUUACAAAAUUAAGGCCCAAAAGGAAUAAAAAGCAGCAGCCCAGCCAAGCAGCAGUGUCUGCUGGAGUACCACCAGAAGGGGAUCAGAAUGGUCUCAUGGGGAGAGUGGAUGAAGGUGUGGAUGAAUUUUUCACUAAGAAAGUGACAAAAAUGGAUUCAAAGAGACCAUCAACUAAAAGUUCAGACAGCAGCGAGCACAGUGAAGCAGGUGAUGAGAAGAAGAAAAGGGACUCGAGGAAGAGUGGUUUCCUUAACUUAAUCAAAUCAAGAAGCUCCAAAUCCGAACGCCCCCAGACUGUGUCAGUGGCUGAGGAGCCCUCCUCACCCAAGGUUGCUGCAAAAAGCCCAGCUUUAGACACAAGCAAGAAGGAGGCAAAGCCUGCAGAGCAGAACGGUGGCACAGAGCGAUCUGAGGAAUUAAAGACUCCAGACUCACUGGAGGAAGUGCAGACAGAUGAUGUGGGAAAAGCUGAGAAGGGUGACAGCAAGGGAAGCCCCCAGGGAGGCCGGAGGUACGGUGUGCAAGUGAUGGGCAGUGGACUUCUCGCAGAAAUGAAAGCCAAGCAGGAGAAGAGAGCAGCCUCUGCUCAAAAGAAACUUGGGAAUGACACAACUCCCAGAGAGUCUUUUGACACAACAAUGAGCUCAGAAAGACUGGAUGGAAGUGGUACAGUGCCUAAACAACAGCAGACCCUUCCAGAGAGUCGGUUUGCAUCGAAUAAAGGUGACUCCAUCUCAGCAUCAUCAGAAAAAAAUUCAAAAGCUGAACCAAAGGCAGAAGCUGGUGCAAAGGCAAGAAGUUCUUCCAAUACACCAACUAGUCCAAAGCCCCCGCUGCAGUCAACAAAGCCCAGCCUGGCAGGACGACCCACAGUGCCACAGAAACCACGCUCUGCCUCUCGUACUGAGGAUGCUCCAGAGUCUCCCUCUGGCCCCAGUUCCCCAAAAGUUGCCCUGCUUCCACCAGUGCUGAAGAAAGUUCCUUCUGAUAAAGAAAAGGAUGGUCAGAGCAGCCCCUCAGUCAGAUCAUUUUCUCAAGAAGAGCAAACAGGAGAUUGUCAAAAAAGAGAUGCAGCUCUUGACUGUGCCAAGCCAUCUGGCAGCGUGAGAACCACUCCGGGGCAGUAUUCUACCAGUGCAGAAGAGGAAGCUAAUGUGCUUGGGCAGAGGAUGGCACAGCCAGCUUCUGCUGCAAAAAGAAGCCCUGGGCAGCAGUCUCAUGAGUUCCAGGAACUGAAGCAGAGGUCCUUAAGUAAAGAUGGUCAUCAGGGAAGCAAGUCCAGUGACUCUGGAGAAGAAGCAGAUAAAGAUUUUAUUUUUAUUUAGCAAUCAGUACAAGUGCUUUGUAGCGCAAGAGCUUUUUAUAACAAUCGGGGUUCAGCAAUCAACAGCCCUUUUAGUCAGCUGCUCUUUCACCACAGGUACACUUCCAUGCAGAAAACCUGAUCUUCCAGUCAUGACUUACAGUACACCUGGCAUUGAUUCGGUCCUUAAUUUCUGGCGUGUACAGUGCAAGGCAUUCCUUGACAUGCCUUUGCCUAAAGCCAACUAUUCUUUCAUGUAUUCUACUUGAAUUUCUCUGAAGCAGCUACAAGGAGUGCCCUGCAUUAGGGCAUUUAGAAAGCAAAGCAAAUUAACUGGACACUGUCUUACACUAAUACACUGUACAGCAGGUAAUGUGUUGUACUGCUGAAUGUAAAUGUGUCUGAUCUGCACGUGACUUACCUAUAAAUAUAUUCUUGCGGUAUGCAAUUGCACAUUGUAAUUAUAUUAAAAGAGCACACUAAUAAAAUAAUUUGUAUAGAUUAUAUAUAUUAAAUGCUUGGGUAUGGUUUUUACAUUCUCCAAUAGGGAGCUUCUUUCUUCCUGUUCUCCUACUGUACAUAAAGCUCCAACGCUUACAUUUGUGUACCGUCAGAAAGCACAACAGAUAAGGAUUUGGAUUACGUAUAACCAUGGUAUGCUUCCACAUUCGUAUAUUAAUGUAUAUAGCUGACUGGAAUGAGGGCAAUUGAAAUUUUAUUAAUAUUGGUGUUUUCUGGAGGCCUUCCUUGGUUCUGUCUGCAUAUUAGCUUCAUUUCAGUGUGUAAUUCUAUGAGAAACAUAGUUCGACAUCUGUAAAAACAUUUCAGCUUUUGAGGGAAGGGAUGCAAAUUUCAUGGCUACCCACUUAAAUUACAGGUUGAAGGGAUUUUAUUCAUAUGUAUAUUUGUAACAAUAAAAAAAAAAGAUUUUACAACUGAAA